AAAAAGGUGUAAAGACAAUCGCUGAUUUGUUCAAAGCUGGCGCUUCACAAGGAGACGAGUUUCUUGGUGUUAGAGGUUUGUACACUUGGGUGUAUCAUGCAGUUCUCAAUUUUAAGAGUGCACAAAAUCUCAUUACAGGGCUUGCCAAACGAAUCGGCAAAUUUUUCGCGACUCGUGUGAAUCUCAUUCAAGAGAUCAAUGACUGUUCGAAGCCCUCGCUCCGUCCAGUGGCCUCAUCUGAGAUUAAAGAGGAUUGUUCACGAUCAUUACAAGUUCCACAUGUUUGA